GGCGGCCUCGAGUCAGGUGACAGCCCGGAAGCUACGGAAGCGGAUGGAGGAAGUGCGGCCGCGGGCCCCGGGUGCGCGGCCCUCUAGAGGCGUCCUCGCUGACACCUGCCGCCCUCCGCGCUGCGUCCUCCGGGGCCCGCGAGGUCCGUAGGCCCGCAGCCUUCAGCGGUUCAGGCCGUCGCGGUGAGGGCCCGCGGUGGCUCCUCAUGGAGACGGCCGGGAGGGGCAGCGAUGGCAGCCCCCGGGGGCCCGUCCUGCACAUCGUGGUGGUGGGCUUUCACCACAAGAAGGGCUGCCAGGUUGAAUUCUCCUAUCCUCCCUUGAUUCCGGGAGAUGGACAUGACAGCCACAUUUUACCAGAAGAAUGGAAAUAUUUGCCCUUCCUUGCCUUACCAGAUGGUGCACACAACUACCAGGAAGAUACUGUGUUUUUUCACUUACCACCCAGAAAUGGAAAUGGAGCCACAGUAUAUGGUAUCUCUUGCUAUCGACAAAUUGAAGCCAAGGCAUUGAAAGUAAGACAAGCAGAUGUUACCAGAGAGACUGUUCAGAAAAGUGUCUGUGUCCUAAGCAAGCUGCCUCUCUAUGGCUUACUUCAAGCGAAGCUUCAGCUUAUUACACAUGCGUAUUUUGAAGAGAAGGAUUUUUCCCAGAUUUCCAUUCUAAAGGAGCUUUAUGAGCAUAUGAAUAGUUCCCUGGGAGGAACUUCAUUAGAAGGAUCCCAAGUGUAUCUUGGUCUGUCUCCUCGAGAUCUUGUCCUUCAUUUUCGACACAAGGUCUUGAUCCUGUUUAAAUUAAUUCUUCUUGAAAAAAAGGUUCUUUUUUAUAUUUCUCCAGUGAAUAAGCUGGUGGGUGCACUGAUGACUGUGUUGUCCCUUUUUCCAGGCAUGAUUGAACAUGGUCUCAGUGACUGUUCUCAGUACAGACCCCGAAAGAGUAUGUCAGAAGACGCUGGGCUUCAGGAAAGCAGCCCGCCUGCCGAUGAUUUUGUUUCUGGGUCCACUUCUAAUGUGUCAACUACCAGCUUGGGAACUGUCAAGAAGAGCGUGGGAAGCCACGGGGGAGACACUGCUGCCAAGACUGAAGUACCUUUGUUCCAAGCAGAAGAUGCCCGCAGCAAAGGCCCAGCCAUCAUUGAUACCAGUCACUAUUUGAAACCUCCAUCACGCCCUUCUCCGGAGUCUUCAGAAAGUGACUGGGAGACCUUGGAUCCGAGUGUCCUUGAGGACUCCAACUUGACAGAAAGGGAACAGGUGGGAGCAGAGCAGCCAGACCUGCUUCCCAAGGACUCCGUGCCCUCCGACAGCCCUCCAAUCACCGUACAGCCUCAGGCUAAUACAGGGCAAGUGGUCCUGAUUCCAGGGCUCAUUUCGGGUUUGGAGGAGGACCAGUACGGCAUGCCCCUGGCCAUCUUCACAAAGGGCUAUCUGUGCUUGCCGUACAUGGCAUUGCAGCAGCAUCAUCUUCUCUCUGAUGUCACCGUGCGGGGAUUUGUUGCUGGAGCUACUAACAUCCUUUUUCGACAACAGAAACACCUCAGUGAUGCCAUUGUGGAAGUAGAAGAAGCUGUGAUCCAGAUCCAUGACCCAGAACUCAGGAAGCUGCUUAACCCGACCACUGCCGACCUCCGGUUCGCAGACUACCUGGUGAGGCACGUCACUGAGAACCGGGAUGACGUCUUCCUGGACGGCACGGGCUGGGAGGGAGGUGACGAGUGGAUCCGGGCCCAGUUUGCAGUGUACAUCCAUGCCCUGCUGGCCGCCACGCUGCAGUUAGAUAAUGAAAAGAUGCUGUCGGACUAUGGGACCACUUUUGUUACAGCGUGGAAGAAUACUCAUAACUACAGGGUAUGGAAUAGCAACAAGCAUCCAGCACUCGCUGAAAUAAAUCCAAACCAUCCAUUUCAAGGCCAGUACUCCGUAUCAGACAUGAAGUUAAGAUUCUCACAUUCUGUCCAGAACAGUGAACGUGGCAAAAAAAUUGGAAAUGUCAUGGUCUCAACCAGCCGGAAUGUUGUACAAACAGGAAAAGCUGUAGGCCAGUCCGUCGGGGGCGCCUUUUCCAGUGCGAGGACCGCCAUGUCUUCGUGGCUUUCGACUUUCACCAGUUCCACCCCACAGAGUCUGACAGAGCCCCCAGACGGAAAGCCCUGAGCAAGGCGGUCAGGCUGCCAUUGCUGUCCCAGGUAGAAGUGUUCCCUGUGUGUCUGCUGCUCCCACACUGUGCACUGGCCGCGCGUCCAGAGCAAGGGACCAAUAUGUCGAGCUGUUUACACGGACAGUUGAGCCCUGUCUGAAACGAUGGGAUCACAGCCGGAGCAGGAGUGGCUGUCCAGCUUGGGUUGAGAUGGACUGCUUUUGUUUCGUUCUGAGCCUGAUUAAACACACCUUGAACCUUC